AUGUGGAAAAAAAUAAGUCCAGAUCAAAUAUUAAAUAUAAAUGCUGCGAAAAUAGGUGACACUGUUAGUUUCGGUACCCAAUGCAGACAGAGUGUACAAACUGAUCAAAAAAUGUUUUUAUUUGUUGUAAUUUCUAUUAAAAACGAGGAAUACUAUAUAUCAGAAAAUAUAAACGGGACAUCACCACAGAUAUACUCAAACAACCAAUUAACUGUAAGUAGUUUGGAAGCUAUGUUAAAAACCGAAAAUGUCAUUAACAAUUUAAUAAAAUCUUUGAGGAGAGAAAUAGCUAAUGUGAAAUCUUUCAAUGGGGGUCAGAGGUAUAAAAAAUGCUCAAGUAAAACAAAAUGUGAUACAAGUACUUACAUGUAA